CACAGCUUUGAAAAACGCUCAGACGUAUUUCAGUUAUUGGCAGCCGUGCAUGUCGAUUUUGAAGCGCAAACUUACUGCUUACAAAUUAAAGCAGCAGCAAACAUUUUAAUAAAUUCAUAAACUCAAAGCCAUGAGUGCUGCCGCUGAAAGCAAAGGACCCGCUAUCGGCAUACGACAUCUGCAGGCAGCGCUGCUCUUCCUCGCCAUCUGUGUUAACUAUGUGGCUCGUCUUAACGUGAGCGUGGCCCUGGUGGCCAUGACAGACGCAGCUACAUCCAAUCCAGACUUUCCGCAAUAUGAUUGGACGGGCUCGGAGAAGUCCUAUAUACUCUCCAGCUUUUAUUGGGGCUAUAUACUCACACAAUUUCCGGCGGGCAUUCUUGAGCACUUGCGCCGUUUUGGUCACCACCCAAGGAACGCAAUUCGUCUUUAUACCAACAAUUUGCUCACAGGCUGUGCUGAGUGCAUUGACGCCCUACUGUCAUCAGGCCAUGGGGCGGCUAAGGGCAUCUCUUAUGUCUCUGCGGGCAUGUGCUUCGUCUGGUGUUUGCUUUGGCUGCUGUUUAGUGCCAACAAUGCACCCAGCUCGAGAUUAGUGGGGCUGGCAGAACGCGAAUAUAUCGAACGCUCAAUGGCACGCAAGGAUGGUUUCCAUGAACAAAAGAUUCCCGUACCCUGGCGUGCUCUCUGGACUUCGGUGCCUUUCUUCGCCUUGCUGAUUGUGCGUUGUGCUCAGGGCUGGGCCAACUCGACAAUGCAGCUGCAGACGCCUGCUUAUAUGCACGGUGUGCUGGGCAUGGACAUUAAGAGCAAUGCAUUGUUCUCAGCGCUGCCCUUCCUUGCCAUGUGGUGCAUGUCCUACGUAUACUUAAUAUUUGCCGACGUUGCCAUGUCGCGCGAAUGGAUGUCCCUGAAUAUGUUGCGCAAAUCUGUCAACACAGUGGCCUUUUGGGGUCCCGCGGCAGCACUCAUUGGCAUUGGUUUCCUGGACAAGGAGCAGACGGCACUGGCCAUUGCUCUGAUGACCAUCAAUGCGGGCUUGAAUGCUGGCUCCGGCAUUGGCAGCAUUCUCACAAUCAUCGACAUGUCGCCGAAUCAUUCUGGCAUGGUUAUGGCUAUAACGAAUGGUAUUGGCAACAUCUUUCCGCUCGUCACGCCGCUGCUUGUGGGCGUUAUAGUUACCGAUGAGACAUCUCGUGGGCAAUGGCAAAUAGUUUUCGCCAUGACUGCCAUUGUAUUCUUCUUUGGCAAUCUGGUUUACAUUAUCUGGGGCAGCACCAACUUACAGCCUUGGGAUGCUGCGGAUUUCCUCAAGCCACGCGAUCUGGAGCAUCGCCCCGACUUGCCAAAACUCAAAGUGGAUCAAGCAGCCAUCAAAAGUGUGGAAAAGACACAAUAAUGUACAAAUCCAGAACGUGCCUAUCAAACUAUUUAGAAUUUAACAAAAUAAUAGAAUUUAAUCGUCAUACGUGUCGUAUGCGCAAUGUAUUUAUUACUUUAAUUAUACAUGUAUACAAUUAGCAGACAGUAAUUAUAUGAACUUUUACUAUUUUUUUGAGCAAUGUGUAAGCAUUUAAUAUAUAAUUAAAAAUUCCCAAAGCGUUUGGGCUAUUAACUUUAGUCGACUGAGCAAUGCACUUUCGAUUUUAUCGCUAAAAACGAAUAAUAAAAAUCAAGUCUUAAAGAGAAUGUGAACAAUAAAUUAAAAAUAAUAUUAGAAAGCCAAAGUA